UUCCGGAAGACGUGGCUGUUGCUCUGUUGCUGCAGUUAGCAGCUGUCAUCCAAAUUAUUGUUAGAGAAGUACUUGAAUGCUACUUUAAUAUUUUCUCUUUUUCUAUUUUAUCUUCACCCGUUUAUUCGGCGUCAAGAUGAUUUCGCUCACGGACUCCCAAAAGAUUGGAAUGGGAUUAACAGGCUUCGGCGUGUUUUUCCUCUUCUUCGGGAUGAUCCUGUUCUUUGACAAAGCACUCCUGGCUAUUGGAAAUAUCCUGUUUGUUGCUGGACUUGCUUUUGUCAUCGGGCUGGAAAGGACCUUCCGCUUCUUCUUCCAGAAGCACAAGAUGAAGGCCACCAGUUUCUUCCUGGGAGGUGUGUUUGUGGUGCUGAUUGGCUGGCCCAUCGUCGGAGUCGUGCUGGAGUUCUACGGCUUUUUCCUCCUGUUUAGGGGUUUCUUCCCAGUUGUCGUGGGCUUUAUCAGAAGAAUACCAGUCCUCGGCUCCAUCCUGAACCUGCCCUUCAUCAGUGCAUAUGUGGACAAAGUGGGCGAGAGCAACACCAUGGUAUAAAGGUGACUUUUUGUACCCAGACAAGGCUGUUUGAGGACAGCAGGUUUUUUAAAGCAACACGAUCUCCCAUCGGGCUGAUUUAAAACAGCUAAGGUUAUACAUUCAGAUUCCUCCCCCCCUCCAGCAGGCAAAGACUGCUUUCUGUCUGUCUGCAAUUUCAUUGGUCAGUGCUACCAAUCAAAGGUUCAUCAGAGUGAGCGUCGCACCACCAGUCUGUUACUAAAGGGUGGAGUUUCUAAGGUCACUACAAUAAAUAUUCCAAAUGCUAUUGAUCCUUCACCGUUGAGUGCAUCUGGCAUGAAAAUGGACGGAGGAUGGAAGACCCCCUCAAAGCUUUGACUCCGUCUGCGUGACUUUCUUACUCUGUGGAACAAAAAGACAAAACCACUGACCCUCCACAAGGAUGAGAAGGGGAUCGACAGCUUGCCAUGUUGCCACAUUUCUGUGCCUGUGCUUUGACUUCAUUUGGACAAAAGCUUUUGUCAUUUUGUCUCUUUGCAGAUAUUCUGUGACACUUUAUUAAUUUUUGUCCCGCAGCUGUUCAAAUACAAAGCGUGGCGAGUAUAAUAAUUUCCCUUUGUUACAUGUCAUUUCUGUUUUACGGUUGGCUAAUGAGUACUUCUGUAUAAAUUAUUUUUUAAACGAUCUGUGCUUUACUUCAUGUAUGGUGAGGUGCUAUGGUAUUUGUUACUAUUGUUAUUACUACUAUUAUUAAAGUCUGGUCCCACCAGAAA